AAGCGGCUGAGAGUCCUCAGUUCUCGCGAGGUCGGCUUCUCCCUCUCACGGCUCAGCCGACUCCCGGCCAUCCUUUCGCGAGACUUGUUGCCCCUCCGCCGCCCUGGCCGCCGCAGUCGCUUAAGCCCCGGACCGGGACUCCGACCGGCUUCUUCCGCGGCCAGAGCUCGAGCUUCGGCUCCGGCCCCGUCGAGGCCCCGGACCUCCCCUGCCCUGUCUUCCCUGCCCUUCUCUGCCACUGUCAUGGCGGACCCUAAAUACGCCGACCUGCCCGGCAUUGCCAGAAAUGAGCCAGACGUUUAUGAGACCAGCGACCUUCCUGAGGACGACCAAGCAGAGUUUGAUUCGGAGGAGCUGACCAGCACGAGCGUGGAGCACAUCAUCGUCAACCCCAACGCCGCGUACGACAAGUUCAAAGACAAGCGAGUGGGGACCAAGGGACUCGACUUUUCAGACCGGAUUGGCAAAACCAGGAGGACAGGCUACGAAUCGGGAGAGUUUGAGAUGCUCGGAGAGGGCCUAGGCCUGAAGGAGACGCCCCAGCAGAAGUACCAGCGGCUGCUGCACGAGGUUCAAGAACUCGCCACCGAGGUGGAGAAGAUAAAGGCCACCGUGAAAGAGUCGGCCGCCGAGGAGAAGCUGACCCCGGUGGUGCUGGCCAAACAGCUGGCCGUCCUGAAGCAGCAGCUGGUGUCGUCCCACCUAGAGAAGCUGCUGGGACCCGACGCCGCCAUCAACCUCACCGACCCCGACGGAGCUCUGGCCAACCGUCUGCUGGUGCAACUGGAGGCAGCCAAGAGCAGCAAGGGGAGUGGGGCGGGGGGCAAGGGCCCCGCCGGGUGCCCCCCCAACAGCAGCCUCGUCACCUACGAGCUGCACUCCCGGCCCGAGCAGGACAAGUUCUCCCAGGCGGCCAAGGUGGCAGAGCUUGAGAAACGGCUGUUGGAGCUGGAGGCGACCGUUCGCUGCGACCAGGACCCUCAGAAUCCUUUGGCGGCUGGUCUGCAGGGCUCCUGCCUCAUGGAAACGGUGGAGCUUCUGCAGGCCAAGGUGAGCACCCUGGACCUCGCCGCUCUGGACCAGGUGGAAGCCCGGCUGCAGAGCGUCCUGGGCAAAGUGAAUGAGAUCGCCAAGCACAAGGCCGCCGUGGAGGACGCCGACACCCAGAACAAGGUCCAUCAGCUGUACGAGACGGUUCAGCGCUGGAGUCCCAUUGCCGCAACGCUGCCAGAGCUCGUGCAGCGACUCGUCACCAUCAAGCAGCUGCACGAGCAAGCCAUGCAGUUUGGCCAGCUCCUGACACACCUGGACACCACGCAGCAGAUGAUCGCCGGCUCCCUCAAGGACAACACUGCCCUCCUGGCCCAGGUGCGGACCACCAUGCAGGAGAACCUGGCCACGGUGCAGGGAAACUUCGCCAGCAUCAACGCGCGCAUGAAGAGUCUGGGGAAGUGAGCAGAGGCCGAGGGCCGGCCCGAGGCCUCGUGAAGCUCCCCUUAACUCUCAGCGCGGGUCCCCUCGCUGCCCCGAGGCCCCCUGCAUGCGGGCGGGUGCUGUGGUCCAGGGUGCGUCUCUGGAAGCGGAGGGGGGGACGGGCUCCGGCCCCCAGGCGCUCGCUGUAUAACUCUUCUGAUCAUUAAAUUCUGCUGUGCCGUA